CAAAGCUGUUUCGCAGUAAACAUGGCGCUGCCUAGCGUGAUGCUCGUUGCCAGAGCGCCGGGCAAAUUAUGUAGGAACACGCUUUGCCUUCUGAGGACUGCGUACAGAAACGAAUUAGUACUUGCUCGGUCCUGUUCAUCAGCAAAAGGAUCCUCGUCUGGUUGGGACUUGGUUGGUGCGGUUGCUCUCGAGCGUAAGCCUGUCAUCAUGCCGGAGCUGAAUGCUCUCGAGAAAAAGUACCUUGAAGUUCUGCGCGCCAUUGAAGUGGAGGGAAGCCUGCUCAGCGACCAUGAGCUGCAGCUCCUUGAGGACAAAAAGAAAAGGCAAGACCCAGAGGAAGGGGUUGCCAUCAAAGUCCAAACAGCACAGGACAUUGAAGAUGAGUGGACCAAGAAGGCCAAAGAGUUCAAGCCUGCCUCACGGUUGACAGAGGCUGAUUCGAAGGGGGACACGCGGACCACACUGCGCUGCCUCGACCAGGCGCUUCUGCUCGUCGUGAACCAGCAAUUGGGCAAGGGCCAUCGCUGGAUCCUGCCACAGACACUCCAUACCAAUGGUGAAACAAUGCGACAGACUGCUGAACGUGCACUGACUGAAGUCUGCGGGCCAGCUUUGGAGACUUUCUUUCUUGGCAACGCACCUGCAGGUUACUACAGUUACAAGUAUCCACCUGAAUUCCAAAAGAAUGGCAUCCAGGGGGCCAAGGUAUUCUUCUUCAAGGCACAGCUCAAGAAAGGUGCUUUGUCUGUCAGCGACUUGAAGAAGCUAACGAAGGCAGAUGACUUUGCCUGGCUCACAUACAGAGAGCUCAGUUCUAAGAUGCUCCCAAGGUACUGCAAGGCUGUGCAGUCCUUCCUUAUGGCCCCCGAAGAAACACCAUACCAACACCUACUUGACAGAGCCUUGUCUUCGAUAACACGGCAAAAAUCAAGCAUCACACCAGAAAUGCCGCGUGAAAGUAAAUACGCCGCAAAGGCUGUAAAAAGCUAAGGAACCUGUUUCACAAUAAAGUUGAAGUUAAUGUAGCUAUUUGGCAGCUAA